UAAUAACAAACCCUGAGCACCCGACGGUCGACACCAUGACGUGACUGACUUGCUGCCCGAGACUGUGACUUUAAUAUACAAUUGUAAAACUUACACUGACUGACCAGAGAGAAUUAAUCAGUAUCCAUAAAUUUACCUGUUGUAUAUUUUCGUUACUAUUCGCAAAAAUCAAUCGUCUCCAAGUAAUAAUUUACCGAUUUUUUGUCCGCUCGUAGAGCUAUUCAUUCAUACCGGCUUCGAUUUGCCGACAUCGCGAAUUCCGCCAAAAGCUCACUACAGAACCGGUAGUCAUGUCUGUGGAUCUAACACCGGUUGACGGUAACAAUGCACAUACUCUUGAUACAAAUUUGAUUGCAUUAGCAAUGCAUAAACUAUCAAUCGACAACACAAAUGUUACAGAUGUUCUGACUGACUGCAAUAUUUAUCUCACUAAAUUGAACCGUUCUGAUUUAUUAAAAUCGGCUAUCCUCAUGGAUUUAAAUCUUAUUUUUGAUUGCUUGAAUACUACAGAUGAAAAACAAAUUGAAAUGAGCUGUGCAUUGCUCCAGAAACUUUUAUCUGUUUUACAGCCAAAUCAUGCAUUUAAUAAGUAUUCAGCCAGCAUUGAACGUUCUAUACAUCAUCCAAAUGAUACAGUUAAAUCUACAAUUUUGUCACAGUUGGAAAAAAUGUUGGCCAAUGACAAUAAUGUGGACAUCCAAGUGGAUUUGGCAUGUACUAUAGUUGACUGUUUAACAAGUAGUGAUAUGUCUGUUUCAUACAAUGCAGUAAAAUGUCUUAAACAAUUUCAAAGUGUUGAAACCCUUUCAUCAAUUCCUAUAUUAUCAAAAUUACAGACCAUAAUGGAAACGGAUGCAAAAAUACGUACACGUGUUUAUGAUAUUUUAAUUCAUUGGGCUAAGUCUGUGGAUGCUUUAGCAAUAAUAAGUUCCAAAGGUCUCUUUACCAAUUUGGUUAAAGACAUUACCUAUCCAGAUGUAAUGAUGCAGAUGGUUACUAUACAAAUGUUAAUUCCUUUGAGCAUCACUGAAUAUGGGUUCGAUUAUUUGAAUUCUAUUGGAAUCAUAAGUGGGUUGUAUCGUUUACUGAGCUCAAAUCCAAAAGAAUUGGAAGACCCUGCUGUUGUUAUACUUAACCCUAUUGUGUUGGAGUUUUUCAUAAAAGUUACUCAAGUCAGACCACUCUUCAUAUUCACAACAUAUCCUAAAGUUUUUGUUGUAAUUUACGAAGUGUUAAAAGAAGGGGAUGAUUCACUAGUAGGCGUGGCUAUAAAUGCAAUCACUACUUUGGCAUCUUCUUGGGAGUGCAAAAUAUUGUUAGAUAAUCCUUCAGCCAGUAUGAUCUUAAACUAUGAAGGUGAUGAGGAAUUAGAUAUUUGGAGUAUAUUUAUCAUUGAGUUGAGUCGUAUUGCUACUAGUACCAAAACUGAAUUAAAAGCAGGAGCUAUUCAAGCAAUCACAAAGAUUAUUCAAGUAGAGAAUGGUGAACUUUCUUCGAAAAAUGAUAUGAUCGAACGUACAAAAAAAUGGUUCAAACAGUUGAAAAAUAAUCCAUUAAAAAAUAUUGUCCAUGCAUCAUGCAUUGUACCAUUUUUAAGUAUACAGCAAGCUGGAUUUGAAAUGUUCCAGUCACUGGCUGAACAACCAUGGGGUCAAGAAGAAAUUAAUCAAUGUUCAUUAUUACUGGAUCUUGUAUUUAAGGACUGUCCAAAAGAUCCUAUUCCAAUCAAAGAUUUGAAAAAAAUGAUUAUUAAAACACUAUUAGAGUCUGAUACUUCUAAAAAUACUCUAAGUGAAGAACUUUUAUUACGAAUUCAACAUAGUGAUGUUAUAAAAUCAAAUGAACAUGCACCUCAACCUGAUGUGUUGGUGGAAAAUAUGUCCAUUUAGUAAUACAAUUAAUUUAGUGCUAUAUAAAUACUAUUUAUUUUGACUAAUACAAUAUGGUG